GACUUGAGAAGGCGGCAGACUGCAGCGCCGCUAGUCAAUGCGCGUGCUCAGGCCUCGGGCCAGAGGGCGCCUGCGCGAGCCUUUACUUAAGCGUGCGCCUGCGCGCAGCUGGGGGCCAGUCCGCCGGCGGAGUCAGAAGGGCGCGUGCGACUUGCGGCGGCGCGGUGGGAGGUGCACCAUGCCAGGGAUGGUGCUGUUUGGCCGGCGCUGGUCCCUGGCCAGCGACGACCUGGUGUUUCCAGGGUCUUUCGAGCUGUUCCUUCGUGUGCUGUCGUGGAUUGCCAGUCUGACUUUGUAUCUCGUGCAUAGAAGGCAGCUAGACUGUCCUGGUGGAGUCCUGCUCAGCACUUACUUGAUUGUGCUCCUUAUUCUCCUGGCCGUGAUCAUAUGCAUCGUGUUGGCCAUGGUGUGUGUCAGCGUGAGAGGAACCAUUUGUAACCCUGGACCUCGGAAGUCUAUGGCUAAGCUGCUUUAUGUCCGCCUGGCGCUCUUCCUGCCAGAGAUGGUCUGGGCUUCUCUAGGGGCCUUCUGGGUGGCAAAAGGUAUCCAAUGUGACAAGACUGUUGUGAUUGGCAUCAUCACCACCGUCAUAGUCAGUUGGAUUGUCAUGGCAGCCACCAUGGUCACCAUCAUCUUUGUCUUUGACCCGCUGGGCGGGAAGAUGUCUUCACAUCCCCCAGGCUGCCCCGAACACCUGGAUAGUAACAACUCCAGCCGGUUAUUGACUGGCCUGAAGACAGCUGCCAAGAGCGUGUGGGAGACCAGAGUGAUGGUCUGCUGCUGCUGCGUGGAGCAGGAUGAUAACAACGCGAGAGUUGCUUUUUCCAGCGCGGCCGACCUUUUCUCGACCUACUUCUCUGACACAGACCUGGUGCCCAGUGAUAUUGCAGCAGGCUUCACCCUUCUCCACCAGCAACAGGACAAUAUCAACAACAGCCUGGAACCUCGGGAAGUCGUCACCCACUUUCCAGGGCAGUCUCAGGAGGCCGACUUGGAUGCAGAAGUGGAAAAUUGUCAUCACUACAUGCCGUUUGCAGCAGCCGCCUAUGGAUGGCCCCUCUACAUCUACAGAAACCCGUUCACGGGGCUGUGCAGGAUCGGUGGCGGCUGUUGCAGAAGUACAGAAAUAGAAUAUGAUGCAGUCGAAGGGGACCAGCACCACUGCCAUUUUGCCUCCAUCCUGAAGACGACUGGGCUGCAGUACAGGGACUUCAUUCACAUCAGCUUUCAUGACAAGGUGUAUGAGCUGCCCUUCAUAGUGGUUCUGGAUCACAGGAAGGAGGCCGUUGUGGUCGCCGUGAGAGGGACCAUGUCUCUCCAGGAUGUCCUGACUGACCUGUCUGCAGAGAGUGAGAACCUCGAGCUGGAUAUUGAGCUACGGGACUGUAUGGCCCACAAGGGAAUUGCUCAAGCAGCCAGAUACAUUUACCGCAGACUGGUCAGUGACGGGAUUCUGAGUCAAGCCUUCAGUGUCGCUCCGGAGUACCGGCUUGUUCUGGUGGGGCACAGCCUAGGAGCUGGAGCUGCAGCCCUGUUAGCCAUCAUGCUUCGGGGGGCCUACCCACAAGUCCGUGCUUAUGCCUUCUCCCCGCCCAGGGGCCUGCUGAGCAAAUCCCUUUAUGAGUACUCCAAGGACUUCAUUGUGUCACUUAUCUUAGGAAUGGAUGUGAUUCCCAGGUUAAGCGUGACCAACAUGGAAGAUCUGAAGAGAAGGAUCCUGCGAGUGAUUGCUAACUGCAACAAGCCGAAGUACAAGAUCUUGCUGCAUGGCUGUUGGUACGGACUGUUUGGAGGAAGCCCCGAUAACUCUCCAACUGAACUGGAUGAAGGCAACCAGAGAGCCCUGACUCAGCCUCUUCUUGGGGAGCAGAGUCUGCUGACUCGAGGCUCCCCAGGCUACAGCUCCAGCGACUCCCCUCUGGACUCUCCCACCAAGUACCCACAUCUGUACCCACCGGGCAGGAUCAUCCACCUGGAAGAAGAGAGUGGCUCAGGGAGGUUUGGCUGCUGUUCCGCUGCCCACUACAGGGCAAGGUGGGCACAUGAAGCAGAAUUUGGCAAGAUCCUCAUAGGCCCAAAGAUGCUGACUGACCACUUGCCUAACAUCCUGAAUCAGGCCCUGGACAGAGUGGUCGCCGACAGAACAGCCUGUGUUGUCUCCUGCCCAGGGCAAGGUGGCUCUCACACAGCUGUGGUUUAAUCCCCUCUACUGGACGCUGCCCAGCACAGUGGGCUUGUGCUUUUUUUUUCCUUCCUUAGACUGACUGAAUGUGAGUGGCUUCUGUGAGGCUGGUAUGGUGGCAUCCAUCAGUAGUAAUCUGAUGAGUCCUAGUAGAAUGUCAACAACAUGACCAGUUUUUGUUUUGUUUUUUUCCUGAGACAGGAUUUCUGUGUAGCCCUGGC